AUGGCCCCAGAACAAUGCCUCCGCCGCUUGGGGGUUGACCACGGUACCUUGGUCAAACGAUAUCGCUUCGCCGUCGAGCAGGCGUUGGCGCGAGCAGGGUUUCUUCAAACCCACAAACUUAUGGUGCUACAAGCAGCCGUCCUCUUCUUGACCUGCGCUUGUCAUCCAAACGAUGCACAAUUUGUCUGGACCAUGAUAGCUGUGGUCACAGAAAUGCGGCGACGACUCUGGUGGUACAUCUAUCUAUUGCAUGUUCAAUCAUCUGAGUAUCAAGCAACGAGCCCCCAGAUCCGGGAAGGCGACUACGACACACGAUUGCCGUUGAAUCUCAACGACGACGACUGGUCCUCCGAUUUAGUCGAGCCUCCACAAGAGAAAGUCGGCUUCACGGAUAUGACCCUGACUUUGGUCCGUUGUCAGAUCUUAAUAUCCAAUCGCAAGUUGAUGCAAAUGGCGGCAACCAGGGUGGAUGGUCACAAGGAAAUUUUCAAGAACCGUAAUCUGGUAAUAGAAGAGUCUCGUCAGCUCCUUGACGAACGAUAUCUCCAGUUUUGUGAUCUCAGCAUCCCCAUUCACUGGGUGGCUGCGACUAUUGCACGAGUUGCACUUGCACGGUUGUGGCUUGUCUCUCAUUUCUCUCUGCUGACCGCUGAAGGGUUUGAUGCAACCUUGUGGCCUGACCGAUGCGAAGUCCUUGUCCUCACGGCUAUUGAAGUACUCGAUUUCGUCUAUCUACUCGAGACUCACCAACACACUGCAAAAUGGUCAUGGUUGUUUCAGGGAUACGUCCAGUGGCAAGCAUUUGCCUUUGUUUUGUCAGAACUCUGCGAGCGGCCAACCUCCUCUUUGUCUGAUCGCGCGUGGAUGGUCGUGGACCGUGUUUACGAACGAUGGAACGGGCCAGUGUGCCACAGAGAAGGGUUGAUAAUGCGACCACUGCAACGCCUUAUGGACCGGGCGGCUGCGAUUCGAGACCAUCAACUGCGUCCGCCCGGAUCGACUCUUCCCGUCGAAUCCAAUAUUCCGGAUCCAGUCAUGGUCAGUUCUUCUCAAAACUUGGAACAGUACCAUUUAGAUUCACUCGCCGUCGAAAGUGCAUCCUUAGGCAUCUUUAGGGAUGCGUUAAUGGACGUGAGUCUAUACCAAUGCGAUGGGAAAUACACUGCUUUGCCCCAGCAUGCCCUGUGA